AAUGGAAUGGAACUUGGAAGUCUACAAAGGUGCACACAGCAUUUACUAGGGUUUACCAAUACCCAACGGCCAUUACUCCCCAUUGAGCCCCCAAACCUCCCACUUUUCCCACUCCACUUCCCCCUCCACUACCUGCUCCCUCUGCUUUCCCACAAAGCAGAUACCCCAAAAGCACUUAAAAAAACAGCAAAAAAACAGAGAGCAAAAUGUCCAACAAGUCACCAAUCUUUCCGAUGCCACAAACCCAACACUUCAGCGACUAUGGCUUCGACCCCCAAAUCGACUACUUUCAGGUUCUGGAGGACGCAAGGAGGCACAAGCGGGAGACGACGAGAUCCAUAGACUCCGUACACUUCAAGCUCCAAAAACCCAUCUCAAAAGACGACCCCAAAAAACCCCACCACAAGAAAACCAAGAAGAAGCGCUGGUGGAAAAGCGCUCUGCUUUUCUUCAAAUGGAACAAGCUGACAACCCACCACUACCACCGCGGCCCCGCCGGUGAUGAAGAUGUUCAUCAGGCCAGGGCCAAAGCCUUCCGGGCUUCGAUUUCUGGGCCGGUUUACAUCACUGAGAGCAGAAGUGGGUCGAGCACGCCUUACCGGAGUACUAGCAGGCCGUCGUCGGGACCGCUCGCCGGAACAAUGUCUCCGGCGAGUAAAGAUGAGAUGGGCAUCCCUUACCUGAGCCUGAGGGAGCUUAACAUGGAGCAGCAGCAACAGAGGAGCUCUACAUCUGCCAUGCCUAUAUAUUUGGUUACUUAAUUAGUAAUUUGGGGUGUUUAAAUUUUAAUUAUAUUGUUGAUCUUUUGGAGAGCCAUAUAUAUUUUAGUAAUUGGUCUUCUUUUGAUUAAUUAAGUGGGAUGCCAAAUGGGGUUGGAUUUGUUUGUCCCUUUUUUUGGUUUUGCAAACUGCAAAAGCGUUUGAUCCUUUGGAGGAAAGUUAGGUCCUCCUUUUGGUGUUUGUUGUUGCUCACCUUUAUUAAGUUGUGAAACUAAUGAACCCCGCUUUGACUGAACGAUCACUUUCCA